AAAAACAAAGGAGGACGACAAAAAUGUCACAAAUCUCCUCCAUUUCUUCUCGCCUCUAUUCGUAUUAAUUUACCCAAUUUUUCCUUUUCGUUGUUCAACGAAAAUCUGAUUUCAUACCCAAUUCCCGGGCCAAAUCCAUCUAAAGUUUGGUGCUUUUCGUUUUGGGAUUACUUCGAUUCCUAAAUCUGAUUUAGGGUUUUAAUCAAUUCGGCAAUCGGGUUUCUUGGGAUGAAGUAUUCGGAGUUUCGGAUUUAUUGAUUUUCAUGGUGGGUUUUUCUUUUUGAAGCUUGUUAAUGAAGAAUUGACUUCUGGAAUCUCGAUCUCUGAAGGUUUUUCCGAUGUUAAAUUCUUGAAUCUGGGGUUAAAUGCUGAAUUGGAAAAUAGAUCCAGGUGCUAAUUAAGGAAAAAGGAGGUUUCUUUUUUGAUAUUGAUUUUGGGAAUUUUGAGGUUUGAAAGAGAGAUCAGAGAAGAUGGAUCUUGUAAUCGGUGGGAAAUUUAAGCUUGGAAGGAAAAUUGGUAGCGGAUCAUUUGGAGAGCUUUAUCUAGGUGUAAAUGUCCAAACAGGAGAAGAAGUUGCUGUCAAGUUGGAAAAUGUGAAGACCAAGCAUCCACAACUUCAUUAUGAGUCAAAGUUGUACAUGCUGCUUCAAGGAGGAUCUGGUAUUCCGAACCUCAAGUGGUUUGGAGUUGAAGGUGAUUACAGCGUAAUGGUUAUUGACCUUCUAGGUCCUAGUCUGGAAGACUUGUUUAACUAUUGCAACAGGAAGUUCACAUUGAAAACGGUUCUCAUGCUUGCCGACCAAUUACUUAACAGGGUUGAGUAUAUGCAUACUCGAGGUUUCCUUCACCGUGAUAUAAAACCUGACAACUUUUUAAUGGGACUUGGACGCAAAGCAAAUCAGGUGUAUAUCAUUGAUUUCGGACUAGGGAAGAAAUACAGAGACCUUCAGACUCACAAGCACAUUCCUUACAGAGAAAACAAAAAUCUCACUGGGACAGCUCGGUAUGCAAGUGUCAACACUCACCUUGGAGUCGAACAAAGUCGAAGGGAUGAUUUGGAAUCACUUGGUUAUGUUCUUAUGUAUUUUCUCAAAGGAAGCUUACCAUGGCAGGGAUUAAAAGCUGGGACAAAGAAGCAGAAGUAUGACAGAAUCAGCGAGAAGAAAGUGUCAACUCCUAUAGAGGUGUUGUGUAAAAACCACCCGUCUGAAUUCGUUUCAUACUUUCAUUACUGCCGAUCUUUACGGUUUGAUGAUAAACCUGAUUACUCUUACCUCAAGAGGCUUUUCCGUGACUUGUUCAUCCGAGAAGGUUAUCAAUUCGAUUAUGUAUUUGACUGGACAGUCCUAAAGUAUCCUCAAAUCGGAAGUAGCUCUGGUUCUAGUUCACGAACAAGGCAUCAUACAACAACGAAACCAGAUCCUAUCGAAAGACAAGAGAGGAUCCCAGGAAAGGAAACAACCCGUUAUAAAAUCCCAGGUGCAGUGGAGGCAUUCUCCCGAAGACACCCGACUACAACUUCUACGCCACGCGAUCGUUCCAGAUCAAGAAACUCAGAUGACGGACCUUUCUCUAAGCAGACACACGGAGACUCCGAAAGAGCAAACAGUUCCUCAAGAUACAGAGCAUCUUCUUCUAGGAAAGCCGUUGCUGCCUCAAGCUCCCGGCCAAGUUCUGCAGGUGGACCAAGCGAAAGCCGAGCUUCAAGUCGCCUGGUUUCAUCAAGCGGUGGUGGUGGCAGUGGAAGUGGCAAUGGCCGUCCCUCGACUAGCCAGAGAGUCCAAGCUGGAUAUGAAUCCAAGACUUUGUCUUUCUCUCGCGCAACAGCUUCAAGAAACACUAGGGAAGAUCAAUUGAGAAGCUUCGAGCUUCUCUCUCUUCGGAAAUAAAGCUAAAUGAUGAAGAGAGAGACAGCAAACUCCAUGAAAAACCCAAAGAAAUUACCUCUGAGAAAGAUGAGAAUCUUGGUUUGAGGGAAUUCAUAUAUUUGAGCUUGAUGAAAUUCUCAUAUCUUUUACAUGUAAUUUCAGCUUCAGCUUGCAGAGAUCUUUCCCACCACUCGUCGUUUGUUUAUGUAAUUGUGAUGUGUUAGACAAAAUAACAAUCAAAAUGUAGAGAGAGUUUCUAUGUAAAAACGGUGAGACUUCUAUCCGUAUAUUCGAUUACUUCGAACCUAUCUGUACUGUACUGUAAUAAACAAAACAAUCAACUGCUCUUUGGUCUCUUUUAAUGCCAAAGCUCUUCCUUUUUCUGGGCA